CAGUGGAGUUUAAUAUGGAGCAUUAUGAAGAAACUAAACCAAAUUUUCAAAGAAAACGUAUUUACCUUUAAACAAUGGCACCUUUUUACGCCGUAAAAUCGGACAAUGUCCUUAAAAGAGUUGAAGAACUCCAAGCAGUUGGUGAAGAUGAGGCUGCAUUGCAAGCUCUUCAUGAAGUUGUCCUCUCAAAACGUUCACGUAGCAAUCCCAUCACAGUUAUGGAACCCAUUAUGCUCAAAUAUGUUGAACUUUGUGUAGAACUUAAAAAAGGAAAGAUGGUGAAGGAAGGUCUUCAUCAAUAUCGUAACAUUGCUCAAAACACUAGUGUCAACUCCAUCGAAACCAUUAUCAACAAAAUGCUUUUACUAGCUGAAGAAAAAGUCGCUGAAGCUCGCGCUAAAGCUGAUAAAAUUGCUGUAGAUGUUGACGAUUUAGAAGCUUCAGAAACACCUGAAUCCAUCAUGCUUAGCACUGUUUCUGGUGAUCAAACCAAGGACAGAACUGAUCGAGCUGUCGUUACACCCUGGCUUAAAUUUUUGUGGGAAGCUUAUCGUACAGUUUUAGAUAUCAUGCGAAAUAAUUCUCGUCUUGAAUCACUCUAUCACGCAGUUACUCUCAAGGCUUUCCAAUUCUGUUUAACAUAUGAUCGUAAGACUGAGUUCCGUCGACUUUGUGAAAUUUUGCGUAAUCAUUUUGUCAACGUGGCUAAAUAUUCUCAUCAACCUCAUGCUGUUAAUUUGAAUGAUCCUGAAACACUUCAACAAUAUUUGGAAUCACGUUUUGCUCAAUUAAAUGCUGCCGCUGAACUCGAAUUAUGGCAAGAAGCCUUUAAAUCAGUUGAGGAUAUUCAUACCUUAUUAACAACUUCUAAGAGACCUCCUAAGCCUAUUAUGAUGGCUAAUUAUUAUGAAAAACUUACCAAAAUUUUUAUGGUCUCUGAGGAUUACCUCUUCCAUUCUGCUGCCUGGAAUAGAUAUUCAACUAUUGAACGUGCAAUUAAUAAAAACUUGACUGAUGAUGAACAAUCACGUAUGGCUUCUAUUGUCUUGUUAUCUGCUCUUGCUAUUCCUAUCAUCACCACCACAAAGACACGUCCUGGUUAUGUAGAAGCUGAUGAAUACCGUGUUCAAAAACUUAACCGUCUUUCUAUGCUCAUGGGUCUUACUGCUCACCCUACCCGUACUGGCCUCUUAAAAGAAGCUCUUAACAAGAAUAUUCUCUCUCGUGUUCGUCCUGAAAUUCGUGAUCUCUACAAUAUUCUUGAAGUUCAGUUCCAUCCUUUAUCUAUUUGCAGAAAGAUCAAUCCAAUUAUGACUAAAAUUUCUGAAGAUCCUGAUUUGGCCAAAUACGUUCGUCCUCUUCACCAAGUUAUUUUGACUCGUCUCUUACAACAACUUUCUCAAGUCUAUACAACUGUCAAGUUGGACUUUGUCUUGAAUUUGGCUUCUUUCCCUACUCCUUUCAAUUAUGAUGCUGCUACAAUUGAAAAAUUCAUUAUGAAUGGCUGCAAGCGAGGCGAACUUAAUAUUCGUAUUGAUCAUGCAUCCAAGAGUUUGACAUUUGAAACUGACUUAUUUGCUCCUCCCAAGGACACUGUUAUGGAAGGUAUUCAAUUACAAUCAUCACCUGCUGACCUUAUGCGCACUCAACUUUCUCGACUUGGUGUCAGUUUGAAUGCUGUUGUUCAAAUGAUUGAUCCUACAGUUAAGGAAAUGGCUGCCAAGGCCAAGCAAGAUGCUAUCCAACGUGCUUUGAAGGGUGCUGAAGAAGAACAUAAACAAGCACUUGAGCGUAAGGUGAUCAUUGAACGUCGUAAGGAAGUUAUUGAAACUGAAUUGGCCCGUAAAGAAAAAUUGGCCGCUCAAGAAAGAGCUCUUGCAGCUGCUAAGAAGGCCGAAGCAGAAAAGAAACGUAUGGAAGAGGAGAAGAAGCGACGUGAAGAAGAACGUCUUAGACGAAUUCAAGAAGAAAUUCAACGUGAUCAAGCCAAACGUAUUGCAGAAGAAAUCUCAACAAAGACUGGAUUGCAGUUGAAGCCAGAGGAAAUUGAACAGUCUGAUGUGAAGACCUUAUUAGAUCUCAAGGUAUCUCGUCUCCAAAGCGAGCAAAAAGAACUUAGUGAUCGUCUUAAGCAAAUUAGUAAACGUCUUGAUCAUACUGAACGUGCUUACAGAAAAGAAGAAAUUCCUCUUUUGGAAAAAGAUUAUCAACAACAACAAAAGGCUGAUAAGGCAUUCUAUGAAGUUUCAAAGAAGACUGAAUUGGCAGCUGCUAAGGCUAAACAUGAAGAAAACAUGAAACUCAAGUCUCGUUUCUCACGUAUCAUUGUUGAUUACAGAACAUUCAAGAGCCGAAUUGAAGCCGAGUUACAAAAGAUCAAUGAAGCCAAACAAAAGGCUGCAAAUGAAAUGAUUGAAAAAGAAAAGCAAGAAAGAAUUGCUUUGUGGCGUGAGAAGAAGGCUGAAUUGGAUAGAAAACGUCAAGAAGAAGAAGCAGAAAGAGCUCGCAGAGAACAAGAAGAGCGUGAACGUGCUGAGGCUGCUGAACGUGAACGUGCUGAACGAGAAGCUAAAUUAGCUAAAAAGAAGGAAGAAGAAGCUGAAAAUCAAAGAAAAUUGGAUGAAAUUGCUAGAAAGCAAGCCGAGCGUGAAGCUGAAAUUGAACGUAAACUAGCAGCUGAGAGAGCUGCACUUUUGGCAGCAACAACAACAGCAGCACCAAAGACAGGUGCCUAUAAGCCACCUGCUGCUCGUACUCGUGGAGCUGGACUUGAGCGUUCUGAAACAGGUUCUUGGCGAAAUGCUGGUCGUGCUUCUGCUUCUGAAUCAAAUGAUAGUGAAUGGAGACGUGUUGGUGGUAGUCGUCGUGCUGAAGUUGAGAAAUCCGAAAAUGAUGGCUGGCGAAGUGCUUCUCGUCGUCAUGAAAAUGAAAGACCUAGCGAAAGACCCAAUGAAAGACCUAGUGAAAGACCUAGUGAAAGAUCUAGCGAUGGUUUAUGGCGACGUGGUGGAGGUAAUGCUGGUGGUUUUGGUCGUCGUAUUGAAAAAGAACGUUCUGAUGAAAAUUCCUGGAGACGCGGUGGUAGCAGUCGUCGUACGGAUGAAAGUUCCUGGCGUCGUUAAAAAUCAUAAAUAAAAUAUAUUAGUUUCCUCUUUGUUUUGAUGUAUUACUUUUAAAUAAACCGUAUUUCCCGUAUUCAUAUACGAAAUAUACAAAUUUUGCUUUUUGAAAUAAAUGUAAGGAAUCAUACUUGUUGAAUUAUAAUAAA